AGCAUUACAGUAUAGCGAGGUGUCCUGUGGUCUGGGACAAAUGUUCCCUCUGUUUGGGGAUCUCUCGUCGACCAGCCAAGGAGUGACAACAUGUCCCACCGUUCAGACCAGGGCGCCGACGGGGUGGAGUGGCUCGACUGGCUGUUUGAUCAGAACGAGGGCAUCCUGCGCCACGAGGAAGCGGGAAACCACGGCAACCAGUUCGCCUGGCUGACCCAGGACCCCAACAUGUUGCAGGCGGCGGCGGCGGCGGCGGGCGCGGCAGACAACGACUUCCUGAGCGCCCUCCUGAGCGGGAGCGACUCUGCCUCGGGCUCGCCGCUCUGGUCGCCCUCCCCGAGCGACAGCGGCAUCAGCGAGGACCCCCUGUCGGACCAGAUGGACAGCCCCCCGCGGCCGGGGAGCCCCCCCCCCGUGACGGCGCAGUGCAGCAGCAGGGCGGUGCAGCCGGCCCCCACAAACCCCUACUCCAUGGACCUCAACGGCUGGGAGGCUGACCUCGCACCUGGAGGGAUGGGCAGGACGGCCUACCCAGGGGCCUUACAGCCGUGCCCCCCGCCGGCCCCCACCUUCCCGCUCACUGUCAAAGACCUGCUGCUCUCCGGAACCCAGGAGCCACCCCAGCCGCCCUCCCAACAGUCCAUCCAGGAACUGGUGCUCAACGAGGACGAGAAGAAGCUCCUCGUCAAGGAGGGAGUCAUCCUGCCCAGCCAGCUGCCUCUCACCAAGCUAGAGGAGAGGGUCCUGAAGAAGAUCCGCAGGAAGAUCCGCAACAAGCAGUCGGCCCAGGAGAGCCGUAAGAAGAAGAAGGAGUACAUCGACGGGCUGGAGAACAGGAUGGCGAACUUCAACUCCCACAACCAGGACCUGCAGAGGAAGGUGUUUCAGCUGGAGAAAUGCAAUACGACGCUCAUGGAUCAGCUGCGCCGGCUGCAGGCGCUGGUCAUGAACAAUACCCCCAAACCGGUCCAGGCCGGGACCUGUGUCAUGGUGCUGCUGCUGUCCUUCUCUCUAAUCCUGUUCCCCAGCCUCCGGCCGUUCUCCGACACCAAGGUCAGCCAAGGAGACUUUGGUCCUGUCAGAAUCCAGUCACGGUCCCUGCACAGCCUCCAAUCCUCCCACGUCCUGCGGGUCAUGGACCACCCGUUCCCCUCGACAACGGGUCUCCGGGACGACCCCACACCGGAGGAGGAGGGCCGUGACGGCGUCGAGGCGCUGAUGGGGAAAAUGGGCAGUGGAAGGUCCAAUUUGGGGUCCGUCUCCCUCAACCAGAGCCACAAAGGCGAGGUCGGCCUCUCCUUCCCCGGGGACCCCAUUACCGGGCACAUCGCCACGGUUACCUUGGACGCGUACCACCGAGCCCGCCAGCGGCCACACGCCGACGACAUGUGAGGAACAUUCCCUCACCGCCGGGUCCCUCCGUUCCCAGCCACGUACUGUCGGGAGCCCCCCCCCCCCCCCCCCGCUGUCAGCACAGCCCCCGGAGUACUGGCCUCACUGCCUUUGAAAUGCUUUCAUGUAUCCUGAAUGAGAUUCCUUUGUUCGUUUUUAUUUCUUUCUUUUUUUUUAUUUGUUAUUGUGUUUUAUAUUGUCGUGCGGAUUAUAACAAUCAGACCUGAUCUCUGUUCACUGCAUCUUGUUGAAUUUCAUAUUGGAAAUGAUUCCUUUGAAAUGUGCUUGUUAUGUAUUAUUUUCUCCUGCUACUAUUUGCUACUUUUGACUAUUUCCUUUAUUUCUUGGAUGAUUUGUACAUUUUCUAGUUCAAAAAAGAUGUAAGUCGCGAAACAAAGAAGCCUCCAUCAACAAAAAACAAAUCUUCAAUAAAGUACUGGA